AUGGCGCGCUUCUGCUCUAUUGUACCUCCUCAUGUUCUCAAACAUAUUAUUGAUAGUCCUUUGACACGUCCAGCUACUCUUCUCGCAGCUCAAAAAACGUACGACCAUGUCUGUCGCAUUCAUGAAUGCCGGGUUCUGGGAGCCUAUAUGCAUGAUGAUGCACCUGAUAAUCUCGUUGCCGGUAUAAUCCCUCUCCACAUAUCCCAAUCAGUCUUUGAUUCUGAGGAGGCAUCCGCGGAAGAGAAAGAACAUGCGAAGCAUAACUUAGCAUAUAUUGAUCAAUAUCAUGCUACCCGUGCUGACCGUUCCGCAGAAGAAAGGUCAACCACUCGUAAUGUCCACCGAAAAGUCUAUAGCUCUGAAGGAACCAAUGAAAUAAGAAAAAGAAAAAUCUAUGAUGAUCGUUAUUUAAUACCCUUAAGAACUAUGGAUUGGGAUGCUCAAAAUGUAUAUCAAUACUUCAGAGAGAGAUAUGAAUUUUACGAUAAGGUAUUCAAUCACAACUCAAUUGACGAUAAAGGUCUUCACAUUGUUGGAAACAUUCACUAUGACGAUCAGCCUGGCCCACCUGGCUUUAAUAACGCUUUUUGGAAUGGAAGGGAAAUUAACUUUGGUGAUGGAGACGGUGAUUUGUUUACCAACUUUGCCGAUAAGAUUUGA